CCUGGCCUCUCCCAGGCCCGUGUCUGGCCUUGAGCCUUCUGAACAGAGCAGUUGUGUGGCAGUUUGCUAAUGAGGUGACUCCCUGCACGGGCAACGCAUUGUCAGGUGGAAGAAGAAACGGAGGCAGGCCGAGGGAGAGGUUUACGAUCUUUUCUGGCCUCCCAGCCAUGGAUAGGAAGCGGGAGCAAAGAGAGAAGGCCAGGCCCUAUGGCCUGCUGAAACCAACAGCUUUAGGCAAGAUCCCAGGCAGAUUCCUACUUCAUCAGGAAGCAUUGCCCAGUCUCCCAGUGCCACCACUCCAGCAGACCCUGGACCGUUACCUGCAGGCUCUGCAGCCCAUCAUCAGCGAGGAGGAGUGGAACCACACACACGAGCUGGUGAAUGAGUUCCGCAAACCGGGAGGCGUUGGGGAGAGGCUGCAGAAGGGCCUGGAGAGAAGAGCCAAGAAAACGGAGAACUGGCUCUCUGACUGGUGGCUGAAGACAGCUUACCUGGAGUAUCGCCUGCCAGUUGUGGUUCACUCCAGCCCAGGCGUGGUUUUACCUAAGCAGGAUUUUCUGGAUCGGCAAGGUCAGCUCAGGUUUGCCGCCAAGCUGAUCGAGGGCGUCCUGGAUUUCAAGACAAUGAUUGACAAUGAGACCCUCCCAGUGGAGUACAUGGGUGGGAAGCCCCUCUGCAUGAACCAAUACUACCAGAUCCUCUCAUCCUGCCGCAUUCCCGGGCCCAAGCGGGACUCCAUUGUCAACUAUGCCAAAGGCAAAAAGCAGUCCAGACACAUCACGGUGGUCCACAACUUCCAGUUCUUUGAGUUGGAUGUUUACAACAGUGAUGGAAGUCCCCUUACAACUGACCAGCUCUUCAUUCAGCUGGAGAAGAUCUGGAACACCUCCCUCCAAACAAACAAAGAGCCUAUUGGGAUCCUCACCACCAACCACCGAAACAGCUGGGCAAAAGCCUACAACAACCUUCUCAAAGACAAGACCAACAAGGAAUCUGUGCGUGCAAUUGAGAAGAGCAUUUUUACUGUCUGCCUUGAUGCCCCAAUGCCACGGGUGUCCGAGGACAUCUACAAGAGCCGUGUGGCUGGUCAGAUGCUGCAUGGUGGAGGAAGUCGCUGGAACAGCGGGAACCGAUGGUUUGACAAAACCCUUCAAUUCAUCAUUGCUGAAGACGGCUCCUGCGGUCUUGUAUAUGAGCAUGCUCCCUCAGAAGGCCCACCUAUCGUUGCUCUUCUGGAUCACAUCGUGGAGUACACGAAGAAGCCAGAGUUGGUAAGAUCGCCUAUGAUUCCUUUGCCGAUGCCCAAGAAGCUGCGGUUUAACAUCACUCCAGAAAUCAAGACUGACAUAGAGAAGGCAAAGCAGAACCUCAACAUAAUGGUCCAAGACCUGGAUGUGAACGUCAUGGUCUUUCAUCAGUUUGGGAAAAACUUCCCCAAAUCAGAGAAGAUAAGUCCUGAUGCUUUUAUCCAGCUGGCCUUGCAGCUAGCAUAUUACAGGAUGUACGGCCAUGUCUGUGCCACAUAUGAGAGUGCAUCACUAAGGAUGUUCCGUCUGGGCCGCACAGACACCAUCCGCUCCACUUCUGUGGACUCUCUUAAGUUUGUGCAAGCAGUGGACAACUCUGACAAAUCGGACCAGGAGAAAACAGACUUGCUGAGGAGAGCUACCCAGGCCCACAGGGAAUACACUGAUAUGGCAAUAAAUGGGAAUGCAAUAGACCGCCACCUCUUAGGCUUGAAGCUUCAAGCUAUUGAGGACCUAGUGAGCAUGCCUGAACUGUUCAUGGACACAGCAUAUGCUGUUGCAAUGCACUUCAAUCUCUCAACCAGCCAGGUCCCAGCAAAGACAGACUGUGUGAUGUGCUUCGGUCCUGUGGUUCCGGAUGGCUAUGGAAUCUGUUAUAACCCUAUGGCAGAACAUAUCAACUUUGCAAUUUCAGCAUUCAACAGCUGUGCUGAGACAAAUGCAGCUCGCAUGGCACAUUAUCUUGAGAAAGCGCUGCUAGACAUGAGGAUGUUGCUCCAGUCUACUCCCAAAUCCAAACUGUAAGAGGCAAAUAUAAUGCCAAAGCCCUAAAUUAAGGGGCUCUCUCACGCACUGAAGUUCCCAGUUCCUCAGAAAAUGGUUGAGGGGAUUGCUGGCCUCAACGGGAUCCUAGGAGAGCAUCUACCAUUUGUUUUCAACAACAGAUUACGAAUGGCCAUCCACAGGUAUUAGACUGUGUGUUGAGAGGAAACAUUGUCUUAAUCCAACAUGGAACUGACUAGUCCUCUCCCAUUACUGCAAAGUGUACCUUCCUGUCCUCAGAGAGGACCAAAACAUGAUCUUUUUAUGGAAGUUACUGUGAAGGAAUACAGAAAGCACAGUACUUACCAGUAUCUAAAUCAAUUUGGUGAGGAAGGUAGUUCUUCUCCAGGAAGAGCAGGGAAUGAUGCUUAUUAUAUGAUGGAACUACUGUAAGACCAAGUCUUUUUGCUGGUUUAGGCUUUUGAAGAGUCUGCAGCAUCUUUCUUGACUAAAGGAUUUUCUGUCACUGCAGCAAUUGAAAUUUGGCUAGGGGAGAGAUAAAUUCUACAAAUCAGAGCAGAUCCAAUUUUGUUAGAGUGCACUGCACUACUUAUCCCAAGCCCCUGACCAUUAUAUGCUUUACAGGUAUGUGGAUCUCUUUUCUGUUGCGCUGUUCCUACUAACAACAGGGUAUCAUCACUACAGGCUAAGUUUUUUUGUUGUUGUU